AGUUUUUUAGUUGGGAGAAAUGUCAGAAAGGGGAAAUUUUUUUGUGUAAAAUAUCUUUUAAUUUCCAUUAUUUUUGUUUUUUUUUUUUAAUUAUUUCGUCUAGUGAAAAUUUCAGUUUGAUUUAUAGACAAAGAAAAAAAAUUCAAGUGCAAUAAACGAAAUGAUUUUUUAUCAACAACGUUGAAAUUUUGAAUUUUUGACAUUUUUACAAAAUUUGUUGAUAUUCAUCAAUUUAAAUUUUAUAAAUUUUUUAUUUGGCACAUACACAUAUAAUGUCUGGAAACAAUAAGGAUUUCUCAUGUAUUGGAGGACUUGAUAAACAUAUUAGAAUUGUCAAAGAAAUGGUUCUUUUUCCAUUAAUGUACGGUGAAGUUUAUGCUAAAUUUAAUCUUCGACCUCCACGUGGUUUAUUGUUCUACGGUCCACCCGGAACAGGAAAAACAUUGGUUGCUGGUGCAUUGGCAGUUGAAUGUAGUAAUUCAGAGAGAAAAGUGUCAUUUAUAUCGAGAAAGGGUUCUGAUUGCCUCAGUAAAUGGGUUGGCGAAAGUGAAAAAAAAUUACAGAAAAUUUUUCUAAUGGCCCAACAAUCGAAACCAUGUAUAAUAUUUUUUGACGAAGUCGAUGGUUUAGCGCCAAUAAGAUCAAGUCGUCAAGAUUUUGUUCACGUCAGUAUUGUCUCAACACUUUUGGCCUUAAUGGACGGUUUAGAUAGUAAUUCGGAAAUUAUUGUUAUUGGCGCAACAAAUCGAUUGGAUGCAAUUGAUCCGGCACUUCGACGUCCAGGAAGAUUUGAUAGAGAAUUAUAUUUUCCACUUCCUUGUUAUAAUGCAAGAAAGGAUAUAUUAGCGAUUCAUGUGAAAAAUUGGAAACAAAAACCAGCGCAAAAAUUUCUCGCUUAUUUGGCAUCAAAAACAAUUGGCUAUUGCGGAAGUGAUCUUCAAGCAUUGUGUGCUGAGUCGGUUAUGUGUUGCGUUAGAAGAAAUUAUCCACAGAUUUAUACAUCAAAAUCAAAGUAUCACAUUAAUGAAAGAUCACUGAAGGUAGAAAAGCAAGAUUUUUUGAAAGCACAACAAAACAUUGUUCCAGCGUCACAUCGCAUUGCAGUGGCACCAGUAAAAUCCUUAUCUGGUAGAAUUCAACCGUUGCUGAAAGAAUCGUUCUCAAUUAUCAUGACGAGGCUCGAGAUCCUGUGUCCAACAGGAAUGCUUACUUCAGAUAAUAUAACAGGGAAAGCUACUUCGAGGUCUUCCAGCUGUUCGAGAAUUUUAUUAUGUGGCGAGGACAAUAGUCAUACCCGACACUUGGGACCGGCACUUUUACACACAUUGGAACAUUUGCCAUGUCACAUAUUGGACGUCACUACACUUUUCGAAGAAACAGGACGCGCCGUUGAGGAAGCAAUAAUUCAAAAAGUUAAAACAGCUCGUCACACAUUACCAUCAUUAUUGUAUGUCCCUGACAUUAUGUCUUGGUGGGAUUUAGUGGACGAAGCAGCAAGAGUUGUUUUUACGUCUCUUUUACGUGGCUUAGAUCGUUCUGUGCAUAUGUUAAUUGUCACCACAGCCUCUUGUUCACACUCGAAUCUCCCCUCCGAGAUUACGUCUCUGUUUGAUGAGCAUCAAGGGGAGGUUUAUGAACUUAGACCACCAACAAGUUCUGAGAGGCAGUCGUACUUUCGUCAACUUUUCCUGAAAAUUAAUUCCACCAAUGAAGAUCUUUGCUACAGAUCAUCUGCAGAAAUUGUGAGUAUUCAGCCGAGAAGAAAAAUUAAAACUGAAGCAAGAGGAAGGACGAGAUUGAAUACAGUACUCUCGGACAAUGGAAUUAGUGAGACAAGGCCAAAAAUUAACGUUAAAAGAGAGCAUAGUGCAUCUGGUGAAGGUUCAACAUCGAAACGUCAAAAAGUCCAUGCUAACAUGAUGAAACUUCAUAGUUUGGAAAAAUUGACAGAACAACAAAUUCAUGAUCUAAUGCAAAGAAUAGUUCAAUUGACUGACAACUGGACAAGUCAAGAGCUUGAAAGUCUUUAUGCUUCUCUUGCACGUUUAAUUGAAAAUUCCGAAGAUGAUAUUUAUUUAUAUGUGAAUGAGUGUUUAACACAUUUUCAAGAGGAAAAAAAUUCCGCCGAUUCUGAGAAAGCUCUUGUAAAAUUAUGCUAAGAAAUUUGUGAAGAUGUAUAAUUAAUUGACUACAUAAAAGAAGAAAAUAAAUUUUUCUUUUUUUUGUUAUUAAUUUUCUUUUUUUAUGCUAUAUUUAUUUCUGUAAAUUGUCGUGCGCCGUUGAGAAAAAUUUUUAUUCGUCAAUAUUUUUUGUAAACAGUUGUGUGGAAAAUUUAAAGUAGAAAAUAAAAUUGAAUUUUUUAAUGUU